CCUUAAAUUGUGAUUUGUAUCAUUUCCAGGUUGCCAUUUCUGAGGCCUGUGGAUGGACUGAGCCACGUUACUCGCAUCACUGGGUCUCCAGCUUGCAAUCUACCCAUCGUGGGACUUUUCAGCUUCUAUAGUUGUGAGAAGGACUCAGCCUCCCCAUGUGGCUCUACCUGGCAGCUCUCGUGGGCCUGUACCACCUUGUGCGCUGGUACCGGGAGAGGCAGGUGGUGAGCAACCUCCAAGACAAGUAUGUGUUCAUCACGGGCUGUGACUCGGGCUUCGGGAACCUGCUAGCCAGACAGCUGGACAUGCGAGGCUUGAGAGUGCUGGCUGCCUGUCUGACAGAAGAAGGGGCUGAGCAGCUGAGAAAGCGGACGUCGGGCCGGCUGCAGACAGUGAUCCUGGAUGUCACCCAGACAGAGAGCAUCGCUGCAGCCACUGAGUGGGUGAAGGAAUGUGUGGGGGACAGAGGACUCUGGGGCCUGGUCAACAAUGCUGGUACUAUCGGCCGAAUCGCUGUCAGUGAGUGGUACAAGAUGGAGCACAUUGUGAAUGUCUUCAAAGUGAACCUCUUUGGUUUGGCCGAGGUGACCCUAAGCAUGCUUCCUUUGGUGAGGAGAGCAAGGGGGAGGAUUGUCAACGUCUCCAGCAUUCUGGGAAGAGUUGCUACAGCUCCUUCACCCUACAGCUCUUCCAAGUAUGGAGUUGAAGCAUUUUCAGAUACACUGAGGCGUGAACUGAAAGAAUUUGGGGUGAAAGUCAGCAUAGUUGCUCCUGGCUUCUUCAAUACGGGGAUGGCCAAUGUGCCUCUUUCCUUAGAACAAAUGAAGCAAUGCUGGGAGGAAACCCCUGCACAUAUUAAGGAAUCCUAUGGACAGAAGUAUUUUGAUGUCUAUUGCAAUGUGAUAAAUCAAAUGAUGUCAUGUUCAAGUUCAGACCUGUACCUGGUCACUGACUGCAUGGAACAUGCUCUGACAUCUGUGCAUCCUCGUACUCGAUAUUCAGGUGGCUGGGAUGCAAAAUUUUUCUACAUCCCUCUGUCUUACUUACCUACAUCAGUGGUAGACUACAUAAUUUCCAGAUUCUGACCCAAACUAGCCUAGGCAGCCUAAAGAAAACUGGUUUAGUGGCUCUGGGAAUGAGCAAUACAAACGUCUGGAAUUUAUUGCUAGUGUUUCACUAACCCUUGUUCAGAACCUCGACUGUUUGUAACAACAAUCUGAAUUCUCAAUUCAUUUGUCUAAUGUUGUCAGAAAACCAGAACAUUCACAAUCCAGAUUGCUAAUGUUUACUACUUUUGCUGACAGAUCUUUACUAUAAUUUUAAACAUUUGUUGAUGAAGAUAUUUCUAAAAUAUAUCAUUUCUUCUUUCCCUAUUAAACUGAUCCAAGUGAAAACAA